AUGUUUGCUAGAUACAGUGGAGUGUUUAGAAGUGUGGUGGCACUGAUUAUGCUGUUGUUGUUCCUGCCUUUUGGAUUGUCCGAUGAUAAAGUAGCGUGCACGGUUUACCGUGAAAUGGGCGAUGUGAACCUGGGGGCCUUGCUCUCUCUGCACGGCAGCGCCUCCAGUCACUGCGACACGGACAUCAUACCCCGUGGAGUGGUGCAUGCCGAGGCGAUGGCAUGGGCCGUCAGGGACAUCAAUUCACGGAAUGACAUCCUGCCCGGUGUGACCCUCGGCUUCGACAUCAGGGACGAUUGCCGUAAUGAGGACGUCUCACUGUGGAUGUCACUGCUGAUGCUGGAGAACAUCUCACCCGACGCCUUCAAGGAUUCCUGCCCUGGUGCCACCGUCUCCUCCACCAACCUAACGGAUGUACUUCGUGAUGAUCUGUCGCACACGAUCAUAGGUAUCAUAGGCACUUCAAGAAGUGCCACUAGCAUCCCAGUUGCCCAGAUAACCGCACUCUUUCAGGUGCCCUUGAUGUCUUUCUGGGCGUCCAGUAACGAGCUAAGCGAUAAGGCAAGGUUCCCCUACUUUCUGAGAACCGUUCCUCCGGACCAGCACCAGAUCAUUGCGAUCGUAGACAUGCUCCAGUAUUUCCAAUGGGAAUACAUAGCUGUUAUCCACUCAGUGGACAGCUACGGUCUCCACGGAGCUAGAGAGCUCCUUGUACUCACCGAGCAGAGGGGUAUCUGUGUUGCGUUUACCUCGGCGGUGAACCAGUACCCCACAGAGAAGGAACUAUCGGAGGUAGUAGCGAAGCUUGUGAGGUAUAAAUACGCACAUGUAGUGGUGAUGUUCUCGGCCUUGCAGGUGGCAAACGCAGUGCUUGGUCAGGUGGCCAAGAUGGAGCCCGGCCUGAAACGCACGUGGAUCGGUGGGGACGACUGGGGAUUCGACCUGACGGAACACGGGUUUACCGAUAUCGCUCAGGGGUCUCUGUUCACCCGUUUCUACAGCCAGACUGUGCCGAACUUUGAGGCCCAUUUAGCGGGCUUGGACCCGGCUACGGACACGGUAAGUUCGUGGUUUACGGACUAUAGGAAUGCGAGACGAAGUGAGUUGGGGUGCGGGGAAAACACGACUGAGUGCCCGGGCGUUUUCCCCGACAACCCCAGCAACGACUUCGUGGUGUCUCCUGUUAUAGAUGGUGUGUAUGCGUUCGCCCAUGCCCUUGACUCACUCCUUAAACAGUGUCCAGGGGGACUGAAUAAUUGCACUGAUGUGAAUACAAUUACAGGGCAUGGUCUAUUGCCACAUUUACGAAAUGUGAAUUUCACAGGAACGGGUGGACUGCUUUACUUUGAUGAAAAUGCCGACCCACCUGGAAAGUACAUUAUGAAGAACUACAAGAGGCUUGAAGAUGGAAGUUACGCCAGCGUUGAGAUCGGAGUUUGGAACUCAUUAAACGCCGGGAAAAGACUGCAACUCCAGGUGGAUGAAAUCCGCUGGCAGGAUGGCUCCACGGAGGCACCCCGGUCGACAUGUAUACCCGAUUGUGCCGAAGGAUUCAUAUUGAUUCCAUCGGAGGAUAAAUGCUGUUGGACAUGCCAGGAGUGCAGCGACAACCACAUUGUUAUCAACAGAACCGUGGAUUUAACCACUAAGGCAUGUCUGGCAUGUGAUAUCGAAUCCUGGCCCAGCUUGAAUCGCUCCGUGUGUGAGGACAUCAUCCCGACCACCCUGACUUUCAAAGACCCAGUCGUCAUCACCAUCCUCCUCUUUGCUCUCAUCGGGCUCAUUCUGACGGGUCUGACCGUGGCUGGCUUCAUGGUGUACCGGGACAGAGCGCUCAUCAAGGCGGCCAGCCGGGAGCUCAGCAGCAUCAUCCUGGUGGGGGUGAUCGUCGCUUUCGUCGGCGUUGUUUUGCUCCUCCUCCCUCCAACUCGAUGGACCUGUUUGGUGUCAGAGGCAGCCAUUUCUCUGAGUUUUACCUUGACUUAUGCACCGACUCUCCUGAAGGUUAACCGCAUCUAUAGGAUCUUCAGGGCCAGUAAGAAAUCAGUCAGGCGCCCGAAAUGGGUCAGCCCCCGUAACCUUCUCUUUGUGGCGGGAGUCUUGAUACUCGUCCAGAUUGUGCUAAUUAUAGAUUUCACAUGCAUGAUUGGGGGGGGGGGGAUUAUCGUCAUAGCGAUCUCAUCCAGUGUCAGACCAGUGAAAGCGCUGUCAACCGUACCAGCGGUACCACCAACGAACUACCUCGAACUCUACUGUGCAUUCGGCUACGAGUUCCUGGUACCCUGCACCUACAACCUUGCUCUCAUCGUCGCGUGCUGUUUUUACGCGUUCAAGACGAGGCAGGUACCAGACAACUACAACGAAUCCAAGUUCAUCGCUGUGAGUGUCUACUCCACGCUGGUGGUCUGCCUGGCCGCACUACCAGUCUACUUCACGGCCGUUGCGGUGCUGCAAAAGGUAGCAACCUUGUGCUCGGCGUUGCUCUUAAACGUGUAUCUGACCCUGGUAUGUUUGUAUCUGCCUAAGUUGUACGCCGUUCGGUUCUUGCCGAAGGAGCAGACGAAUCAAACCCUGUCUGUGAUCAGAGGAGGCACUAUCUCGAGCAAAGUGGACGGAUCGGGUGGAAGCGGAAGCGUCGUCGGUCAAAUCCGUCCUCUUUAA